AUGCUUCCUGAUGGUCUUGACAGCACCACGCAGCCGUGUCUAGGCGGCAUGGUUGGGCUGGUAUCAGGGUGUGAUGUGCAGGCGCAGCGCCCGCCCGCGACGCUUGAAGAGCGUCGUAGGAUUCAAGAGAUGUAUCGUGAAAAAGUGAAGGAACGAAAAAUUCGGAUCUACCAAAACGCCCUGGAGGAAGUUAUCCGCCGAGAAAAAGCCAGCUCGAUGCGACACGUCGUAUUUAAGGUCCCCUUCAAUACACAUUUUGGCCAAAACUUGUUCCUUAUCGGGAGCGACGAGAUGCUCGGGAACUGGGCGGCAGAACAGGCUGUCAGCAUGGUGUGGACGCAGAACAACAUCUGGACGUGCGAACUCAAGUUUCCCAGAGAGGCCACACGCGUCGAGUACAAGUACCUCAUCAAAGAGGGCAGCCACAUGAUUUGGGAACCGGGCCAGAACCACGUCAUCGAUCUGCGGCGCCUUGAGGCACUCGCGCGGCCUACUAUGUCAGGAGGCGCGGAGGCGGCGCAUGUGAUUCAGGAUUCAUGGGGUCGGGGCGACGCGCAGGGGGUGUACGCAGGAGUAAGCUAG